AUGUCUUGGUUCUCAUCACAGUGGAAUCGAUGGUCCAACAAUGGUCCUCAUGGAUCUUCUCGCUCAGGUGGCAACGAUGGUCCAAUUCGUCGUAUUCAAGUUGUUUGGGGUCGAGAGAGAUUGCAAAUUGUUCUUCCGAAAACAGCCGAACCAGUAACCCUUGGACACUUACGGCAUGAAAUCUCCUCCAUCACCUCUCUCGCCUUUGAAAAAAUUAAACUGAUCCAUCGCGGCCUCGUCAUGCGAGACGAUCGUCUACCCCUCACCGCUUACGGUUUAUCCGAAGGUUCCCGUAUCGGUCUAGUCGCUAGUCGAGAAGAAGGUGAUAAACCAGGUGCAAAACAAUCUGUCGGGGUCGGAGCUCUAUCCGUCGGAGAACAAAAAGCACGAGAAAAGAAAGCGAAAGAAGCAGACACUUCCGAACAGGCACUAAUGGAUAGGAUCGCUGAAGCGCUGGAUACUGCUAGAAAGCAUCUUUUCCCGGAUGUGGUUAAGGUGGAACAGGCUGUUAAGGAGAAAGAAGACGGAAAGGAGAAAGAAGGCGGAAAGGAAGGAGAGGGUGGGAUGGAGUGGGGCCAAGUACCAGAUACGCAUAGAAGAGUGUCAGAGCUGUUGUUGAGACAGUUGUUAGCGCUGGACUCGGUGAAUGUGAAUAGUGAUACGACAAGACAGGCGAGGAAAGUGGCGGUAAAGCAAGUUCAGAGUCAUUUGGAUCGAUUAGAUGCUGCUUGGGGCAAGUACAAGUCGCUUCAUUCUGCUCAGUAG